AUGUCUCGCCCUGCUGGUGCGAGUUUCGCCCAGUUCUUCCCUGCCGCGCCCCGAGCUGCAAGGGACAGGGCGAUGGAACGCGAGAGGGCCAAAACCAGAGCACAGGAUUCUCCGUCCGCACAACCAGCUGACUCCAAUGGCCGCCAUAUCCCGCCGAACCCUUCGGCAUCUUCCCACAGUGACAACAAGCCUCCCGUCGGCUUCACAGCGAGAUCUCACGUAAAUGGCGACCGCCCGGAUGCCGCGCACCCUCCGACAGAUGAGAACGAGUCGCUCGCUGGAGACAUGCUGAAUUCCAGAGGGUCGGCCAGCUCUCAUACAAGCGCCAGCUCCUCGCUCUUUAGUGCUCCUGCCCGACCCAGGGCCCCGGCUUCCCUGGGACACUCGCACGCCCAGCUCACCCCUCCUACCACUAUCGCUUCUCCAUCCUCAUACCUUUCUACAGUUGCCCCUCUCAAGGGGCAUUCGACCACACCUCGCCGCUUCGACAAUAGAGACGGACCCGUGCCGAUGCCCAACGGAUUUGUCCAAGACUCCCCGGCCGUCGAACGCGUGCCUGCUCGAGACCCUUCUCGCUCAAUCAAAUGCAUCAAGCUCACAUAUGAUCCUCUCAUGGACAAUUCGCUUUCGAGUUCCGAGAAGCGAAAAGCGAAACCGAUAUACAAAGAGUUUGGAUUGGGCGACCAAGAUGACGUUCCCCCCUCCGACCCGCGCCUGGCAAAGGGCGGGAGGCUGAACUACAUCAAUGUCGACUUCCAUCUCCCCAAAGCCCGGUUGCGCCAUGCACCCUACAACUUGAAGCCGUACAAGUAUGACCCCAAGACGUCGUGUGGUCCCGGGCCCCCCACUCAGAUCGUGGUGACCGGCUUCAACCCCUUGAUUGCCUUCUCCAAGGUCACGGCAGUCUUCGCCUCCUUUGGCGACAUCGCCGAAAGCAGCAACAAGAUGCACCCGGAGACUGGGAGCUACCUAGGCUUUGCGACCUUUCGCUACAGGGAUUCAAGGCCGAAUCGCUCGCGCCCUGUUCCCAUCACCGCUGCUGAUGCAGCCAAGCGCGCAAUUCGAGCAAUGCACGGGAAGAGGAUCGAAGCGAAUACCAUCCGCGUCGAGUACGAUGCUGAGGGAAGAAAGAGUUCCCGCAUGCUGGAGGAAGUGCUGAAGAAGAGCAAUGAAACGAUACCGACUCUGUUUGAGCCCAAAAUCCCAACAGGGCCGAGACCGAAGGACGUCAUUCCCGGCCCUCCACCGACCGCACCGAAGGGUCCCGCAGCACAUCGCGGGGGCCUGAUUAAUGUCCAGGGCGUCUGGAUGCCGAAGCCUAGGCCGGAUUCAAUCGUCGAGAUUGAACCUAUUGCAAGCCAACUUAAGCACGAACCCUACAUUUUCGUCGGGCACGAGCAUGUCCCCGUCAUGGCCACUACAGUGGCACACAUGAAAAGGCGCCUCAAGACGUUCAUGUUUGAGGAUAUCCGGGCGGACAGAACCGGCUAUUACAUCAUAUUUCAGGACACUGGGCGCGGCCGCACCGAGGCCGAACGCUGCUACAGGGCAGCGGACCGGACCGCGUUCUUUACUUAUACCCUGGUCAUGGAUUUGCAGCUCUAUGGUACGCUUGGCAGGACCUCGCAUGCCACCGAGACCCGGCGACGGAGUCGCACACCCGAUCGAAGGCACAUCGACGAUAGCCGAUCGCACCGCGAGCAUGACCAUCACAGCAAGCGCGACGAAGAGCGUGCCAGGCGCGACGAACGGGACCGGCGCCGGCGGGAUGAAGAGGCUGACCUGGAAGAGGAAAAGCGGCAGAGGGCUAAGAACUUCGACCCUGUCCUCGAAGCCACCGACGUGGUUCUCCGGGAGAUGAAGGAGCAGCUGAUCAAGCACAUUCGCACCAAGAUCGCCGCGCCUGCUCUCUUCAACUUCCUGGAUCCUGUCAACCUCUACACCACGCGCCGCAGGCUCAAUAUCGAGGAUCCUCAUAGUGUCAAGCUUCCUCCUAUUGUCAUGGACGAGUACGAAGAUAGGUCUCCGCUUGGCACACCCAACUCCAGGGCGGAUCCCAUCGAACGACGGACAGCCCGCCUUGACGUCUCUGCCUUGCCUCGGAUCCGGAGGGUUAAAAACGCCGGCUUGAAUACCCGUAAGCAUGGCUUCAACGAUCCCUUUGCGCGCAAUCGCCCAGUGGCUCGGCGCACUGCUUUCCGGUCCCUGCAUUACCGCCUGAGGAGCGACAGCGAAGGAGAAUCCGAAGACGAAACGGAGAACAGGACAUCGCUCGGCAGAGACACGGAAGAGCCCGAGUCUCGACCUCGGAGUCGCAUGAGUUCGUUAGAUGACGAGGCAGACAAGGAUGAUUAUGCAUCCUGGGGCCCGGGCGAGGAUGAUUCCAUGACAGAAGCCAGCUUCGCACUCAACGAUGGCUCCGCAUUGAACAAGAAGAGGAAGCUGGAGCUCCAGUUGGAGACAGCCAUCAAACGGCAGAAGAAGACCGAUGAGGAGCUUUUCGGCGUGACUAUUGAUUGCAUCGAAAAGGCCGAAUUUCCCUCGAGUGAGGCCACCCCGGAAGAUGGUCUUCCAGGUACCGAAGUUGCUGUGGAGAAGGACGCCGACAGCUCCCGGUUGCCGACUCCCUUGCUGCAAGGGGACGCAGCCAAGAAGAAGGCCGCCCCUAAAACCAAAAGGAAAUCGAAGAAGCAGAUUUUUGAGGAGCGGGAAGCCCUCAAACAGCAGCAGCAGGAGAUAUUCGAGCGAGAGGCGUUGAGGUCUGAAGACGUGGAGGACGUGAAACUGACGCCUGGGGAGGAGGCGGUGAAACCUGAGGAGGAAGAGGACAAGAAGUCAGAUCUGGACUUGAACCUUUAUCCAUCGGAGAAAGUCUCGGCUCUUGAGCUUCCUCGGGAUUUCCGGUGGGAUGUGCCGACCUUGGAAGAGUUCUCGCUUGGAGAAAACGACCAGCCAGACAUUGAAAAGCUUCGCAGGAGGUUUGGUCGCGCCAAGAUCGAUGACCCCGAGCUCUGGCUGUGGACUCGGGACCGUAUUCGUGAGUUGAACUCGGCCGACGGAACGGCAAAGAAUCCGGUGCGCAUCGAAGGCUACUACGUCCCGAAUCCCACCGGCUGCGCCAGAACUGAGGGAGUGAAGAAGAUUCUCAAUUCGGAGAAGUCGAAGUAUCUUCCCCAUCACAUCAAAGUCAAGAAAGCCAGAGAGGAGCGGCAGGCGCAAACAGGCAAAACCGCCAAAGACGCGGUUCUCGCUGCCGCUGAAGCCGCUAGGCAGGCUGCGGAGAGUCUCGUCGCCAAAGGCAACUCUCGGGCCAACCGGGCCAACAAUCGCCGCUUUGUUGCCGAGAUCAACGACCAGCGGAAGACGCUCGGCCAGGACUCGGAUGUGUUGCGGUUCAACCAGCUCAAGAAGCGAAAGAAACCUGUCAAGUUUGCCCGGUCGGCCAUUCACAAUUGGGGCUUGUAUGCCAUGGAGAACAUUCCCAAGGACGACAUGAUUAUCGAGUACGUCGGCGAGGAGGUGCGCCAGCAAAUCGCCGAGUUGCGCGAGAACAGGUACCUCAAGAGCGGCAUCGGCAGCAGCUACCUGUUCCGGAUCGACGAUAACACGGUCAUUGACGCGACCAAGAAAGGCGGCAUCGCGCGGUUCAUCAACCACAGCUGCAUGCCCAACUGCACGGCCAAGAUCAUCAAGGUGGAGGGCAGCAAGCGGAUCGUCAUCUACGCGCUCCGGGACAUUGCGCAGAACGAGGAGUUGACAUACGACUACAAGUUCGAGCGCGAGAUUGGGAGCACCGACCGCAUCCCCUGCCUCUGUGGCACCGCCGCGUGCAAGGGCUUCCUCAACUGA